GGACCCUUCCAAUACAUAUGAUGGCGGUGGGUUUCAUGUCCCUUGCAGAUCCCAGAUGUGCCCCUCUCAUGCCGACGCUAGUAGCAUCAUUUUUUCAGACGUCAGGCCUUCUAGAAUGUAUUUAGAUGUACCUAAUUACUAUGUACUGCUUAUCAGACAAAUCUUUAUCCCGGCUUACCUAAUAUGAUAAAACUUACCUCGGUAUUUUUCUUGCCGGGCAAAAAGUGGCCCCUAGAAUUAGCGGCUGACGGACAAUUUGGAGCGACUAGGAGCGAAAUCCGUUGGGAAUUUGCAUCCGCAAGAAUCCAGCCAGGAGUCCAGCCAGAAGUCCAGCCAGCCAGCCAGCCAGCCAGCCAAGAAAGAAACCUGGCGAAGUUUCUCAACAACAAGGCCGCUACGGAUAUGUCGACGAGGAAUAUUCUAGCACUGGAUCUGAUUUAAUUGGUUAGGAGAUAUAGUCCGCUGGCUCGGGAGUCCCCACCUGGUGGUUAAUCCCUAUCAUUAACCAUGCUGGCCGCGCGAAUGCGAGUCGGUGCCCUUAUUAGGGGUCGCCGCCAGAAAUUGACCGUAUAUCCGACUAUAAAUCAGAUCCUGCGUCCGAGCCCGUCUUCGGUUAGUCGCUUUGUCAGCACACUCCCAGCCGCAGACCCGUCCUUAUCGCCCAACCCUUCCCUCUUACGCCGUGUCGCCUCCGUUAUAGCUAUCGGCCUAUUCUUCACCUCCCUCGGCAUCGCAAUGGCAGCAGCACCGGCAGCGCCGAUCAUCAAUAAUCUCCUCAACCCGCCCACAGACGAGGAGACCCUGACCAUGUUCGAGCCGGAAACGGAUCACGAGCGUGAGGUCGAGGAGUUCAUCAACAAUCACCCGCUCACUAAGGGGAUGCGAACCAAAAAGGAAUUCUACGAGUCGAGACCGCAUCUCAAGAUCCCAGCCCCUUACCGGGUCUACAACCUGACGGGUGGCACGCUUAUGGGACCAGGUAGGGUAGUCGUGCCGCCGGUGGCCUUCGUCGAGGCGGGCGGCAAGUCUAUAGUCUCAAUAUCGUACCUGGGUCACGAACUAUGCGGCCACCCGGGCAUAGUGCACGGAGGGCUCCUCGCGACAAUACUCGACGAGGGUCUGGCGCGGUGCUGUUUUGCCGCAUUACCGCAUAAGGUGGGCUUGACCGCCAAGCUAAACAUCAACUACCGUGCCCCAGCACAUGCGGAUUCGUACAUCGUGCUCAGGGCUACGACGACAAAGGUAGAAGGACGCAAGGCCUGGGUCGAGGGCCGCAUCGAAACCCUGGUGGGCGAAGGCGAGACUCCGGUGGUCCUCGCGGAGGCGACGGCUUUGUUCGUGUCUCCUAAACACGCAGCGAUGAUGAUGAACUUGUACCCAACGGCAUAAAGGUAGACGAUGGCAUUGUGAUGAAUAGACCUUUAGAUCGGGAUAGACAAGACUUUACGCCUGGCACGGAGUUGGAAUGAGAGCCGGCAAUGCUUGAUAUUUGUUCGUUUUCGAGGUAUCUAUUCGAACCUUAUAGAGGUCGGAGGCCGAAUGGAUCGGACCGUCUGGACACUUGCCCGGGAAUUAUUCAAUACCCUGUACACCAAAUCCCCCAUAUACCCAUGCAAGCACAUAUUACAGUUUUGCGUUAAUUUUCUGUGUGUUUACUGAACCUUAUUAGCAUGUGAUAAGGAAGACGUAUUUAUUGUCUGAAAGAAAUAGAGGCGAAGAGAUGUCCCGACGAUAUUUUUUUCUUCGGAGCAAAUAAAUCUUAUUAUUACAUGAGGGCUAUAUAAAUUAUUGCUUUGCUUUAGUAGAUGAUAAUUCAUAGGCCAGAGUGAAGAUUAGGAAUACGUUAAACAUGCGGCAUACCAAGACAUG